AUGCGACCUACUACACUUGCAGCAGUCAAUCGUUCAGUUGAGGACCCCGAUCACGCUCUGUUCAACCGCUUCUCGUCGCUGGUGAGACUCAUUCGUAUAGCUGCUUAUUGCCGCCGUUUCGUACGGCACUGUCGGACCAAGAUUAUUGGAACAGACCUGCAAGUCACACCGUUUCUCACCGCCGAUGAACUCCAGCAAACACUAAUCGGCCUUGUGAAGGUCGUACAAGAGGACUGCUUCAGACACGAAAUCGAUACGAUCCGGACUGGAAAGCAAGCGGAUCUCAAGAAAUCACCUCUCAAAACCUUGAAUCCAUUCAUCCAGGAUGGUCUACACCGUGUCGGUGGCCGGAUGAACCACUCAUCUUACUCGUUCACCCGCAAGCAUACAAUUCUUCUGCCAGAAAAGCACCCCUUGAAGUCACUGCUCAUCGAAUCGGUGCACAAGCAACUACUCCACGUUGGCCCUCUUGCGAUGAUCGCACAUAUCCAUGAGCAAUUUUGA